UUAAAGAGAGGCGAGAGACGGAGGAGAGCCGAGCUUGGGACCGAGGGGUUGAUGUGAAGAGAAGGGUUGUGAAGGGAAAGAAGAGGAGGAAGAAGAAAAAAGCCAGACUUUUCUUCUCCUUUCCACUCCAAACUUGGGAGAAGGAACUUUUGGAAAGGAGUGAAGAGCAAGUCUUCACGAGAGAAAGCCGCGGGAAUAAUAAUUUUCCAAAACACCCUUCUCCUUUCUUUCCUCCAAGGGACAAAAAGAGAGCCUCAAGUUGAGGGAGACUUUUGGAAGAGGGGAGAAAACGAUCACCCCAAACUUGGAGGGACUUUGGGGAAAGGGCCAAGUGAGAACAAGAGAGAGAGCGAGGAGAGAGCUGCGGGUUUCGAUGCGCAUCUCUUGAGCUCCAGGGUUGGCCGAGUCUUCCCCGCUCGACUCUCUCUUUCCCGGCGCCUCCUUCCAUGCCGCGCUGUGACGGCUCCUGCUCCUAACGGCGUCUUCUUCCCUCGCCCGUUCAUUAUUCUCCCUUUUUGUUUUGUUUCCUCGCUUCCCCGCCGCCCCUCCGGCUCGACCCCCUCUCCUCCUCCUCCUCUGCCUGCCUCCCUCCCUCUCUCUCCUCGCAUGAAUCUCCUGGACCCUUUCCUCAAGAUGUCCGACGAGCAGGAGAAGGCGCUCUCGGCGGGCGCGCCCAGCCCGGCCCUCUCCGACGAGGAAGCCUCUUCCUCGGGCUCGCCCUGCCCCUCGGGAUCCGGCUCCGACGCCGAGGGCAGCGGCAGCAGCAGCCACGGGGGCCGCCCUCCCCGCCUCGGCGACGGAGGCGCCUUCGCCAAGAGCGGCGACGCGGAGAUGAAGAAGGAGGCCGGCGGCGUUGGAGGCGGCGGAGGCGGCGGCGAGGAGGACAAGUUCCCCGUCUGCAUCCGGGAGGCCGUCUCGCAGGUGCUGAAGGGCUACGACUGGACCCUGGUGCCCAUGCCCGUCCGCGUCAACGGCGCCAGCAAGAACAAGCCCCACGUCAAGCGGCCCAUGAACGCCUUCAUGGUCUGGGCCCAGGCCGCCCGGAGGAAGCUGGCCGACCAGUACCCGCACCUCCACAACGCCGAGCUCAGCAAGACCCUGGGCAAGCUCUGGAGGUUAUUAAACGAGAGUGAGAAACGUCCUUUUGUCGAAGAGGCUGAGCGGCUGAGGGUGCAGCAUAAAAAGGACCAUCCAGACUACAAAUACCAGCCCCGAAGGAGAAAGUCGGUCAAGAACGGGCAGGCUGAGCAGGAGGAAGGCUCUGAGCAAACCCACAUCUCUCCUAACGCUAUCUUCAAGGCCUUGCAGGCAGAUUCGCCCCAGUCUUCUUCCAGCAUGAGUGAAGUGCAUUCCCCCGGAGAACAUUCUGGGCAGUCUCAAGGGCCUCCUACUCCUCCCACCACCCCUAAAACUGACGUCCAGACUGGGAAGCAGGACCUCAAGCGGGAAGGCCGCCCACUGCAAGAAGGGGGCAGGCAGCCACCUCACAUCGACUUCCGUGAUGUGGACAUUGGCGAACUCAGCAGUGACGUCAUCUCCAACAUUGAGACCUUUGAUGUCAACGAGUUUGACCAGUACCUCCCACCCAAUGGCCAUCCAGGUGUCCCAGCCACCCAUGGUCAGCCUGGACAAGUCACCUACACUGGCAGUUAUGGGAUCAGCAGCACGACCGCAACUCCCACUGGUCCUGGGCAUGUCUGGAUGUCCAAGCAGCCACCCACACAGCAGCCGCCCCCAUCCUCACAGCCGCCACCGUCCCAAGCUCAGCAACCUCCACAGCCACAGGCCCAUACGCUGACCACUCUGAGCAGCGAGCCAGGGCAGCCUCCACAGCAGAGGACACACAUCAAGACCGAACAGCUCAGCCCCAGCCAUUACAGUGAGCAGCAGCAGCAUUCCCCCCAACAGAUGAGCUACAGCUCCUUCAACCUCCAGCACUAUGGCUCCUCCUACCCCACCAUCACGCGCUCACAGUAUGACUACACAGACCAUCAGAGCUCCAAUUCCUACUACAGCCAUGCCGCCAGUCAGGGCUCCGGCCUCUACUCCACCUUCACGUACAUGAACCCCACCCAGCGGCCCAUGUACACACCCAUUGCAGACACUACUGGGGUGCCAUCCAUCCCCCAAACCCACAGCCCCCAGCACUGGGAACAGCCAGUCUAUACCCAGCUCACCAGGCCCUGAGGGUUUGAACCAUGGUGAAAACUUCCUCAGACUUAGAACAGUUUUAGAAAGGAAAGGAAAAAGAAAAGAAAUGCUAACAGCAAAUGAACAUGUGAACGGGAAGGUGGAGGAAAGAGAAAAAAAAUCUAGAAUGCCUCGUGCACUACCGCAUCCUUUCGAAAUUUGCCAGACUGUUUUGCUCAAAAAAUGAAGAUUCAUUUGAUGACUUAAAACUUAAUUUGAAGGCAAUUUCUACUUUCUUCUUCUUCAAGCAAAGUUUGCCUAGAUCUGGACUUGGUGUUUGUUUUUUUUUAACGAUAACUAAAAAUAUAAAAAAAGAUAAAAACGAGACAAGAGUCAAAACAUUCCUCUGUGAGGAAUCUUCUCUAUUUUAAAUAUUUUAGUAUGUACUGUGUAUGAUUCGUUACCAAUUUGAGGGGAUUUACAAGUAAUUUUACUUCAUGUUUUUAGACAUACUUUUUAAAAAAAAACAAUGUUCCUUCAUUUGCUUUUGAUAGUUAAACAGUACUUAACAAAACAAUAUGCCUUAGCCCUUCUUCUUGCUGUCAAAGGUAUUUUUUAUAUAGUCUUUUGCUUGUAGAGAGCAAAAAAUGCACGCAUGAAGUCCACAAAACAAGGGGGGAAUAUUUCCUCACUAACCGGUGGUCACUUGCUCAGUGUGAUGAUGUGGAUAUGGAAAGAGACAUUAUUUUUCUAGCUUGGAAGUAAAAUAUAUUUUGGGAGAUUUUUUUAAAAGAAAUAACACCUUGAGCCUUAAUGUAACAUUCAUAAAAAGCCUUAAAGAACAACCCUGUGAUAGCUUCCAAGAGACUUGCACAAUGAUUUUCCUCAUUGCCAAGAGGGAAAAUAUGAGUCUCUAAAGGAGAAGAGUCAGUUUGAAGGUCUGAAGCUUUUUAAAAAAUAGUUUUAUAUUCUUGGCAGCCACCAGCACCCAAUUAUAAAGCCACAUGCCAGUAUUCCCUCACACACAUGCACAGAAACAGAGCCUUCCUUGGCUUCUGACAUGAGCUCCUCUGUGUGAGGGAAAGUUUCCUAGUCUAAAAUCCACCUUUCCUACAAAUCCCAUUGUAAACUAGAUUUUCUAUUCCUGGGUCUAUUGUAAGUGUGAUGGUGAGAAUGCAGGGGGAGAUACUGCCUUUAGGAAACUUCAUUGGUGACCCUUUUUUGGGGGGGAAAUGAAAUAUAUAUAUUUAUUUUGUGAAAAAAGAGGUUUUUAAUCAGGAGUGUUUCUUCCAUUUCCUCUCUCCCACAUCACAAGGUCAUGUAAUGUAAGCAGAAAUUGAAGAGUCUUACACAGAAGGUAUAUGGUGCCUAAUCUUUAAAUUAUGGUCUAAAUCAAUAACCUGUUUUUUAUUUAUCUCUCUUGUUCUUUUAAUUUUUUUAUAUUUUAUUAUUAUUAUUGUUAUUAUUAUUAUUCCUCCAAAAUGUGUCUUAGGUUUGUACAAAUACAUCUGCUUCCUUUUGUUUUCCUUUCUUUCCUUUUCUUAAUGUUUAAAGAAUAAACUGGAAAGCUUCCCCUGUUCCCUUCAAUUUCUCUCUGUAUAAAUACAAGAUUGCAAAAGUAGUGUAUCACUGAGUCAUUUGCAUUGUUUUCUGCCUUGGUGCUUCUCGACUCAUGAACUGGACCUAAGUCUGUCUACACAUGCAGCAGAAGGAGGAGGUAACAGGAAGGGAGAAUUGUCUGCACCAUUAAAGAUGGGGACACCAUUUUGAAAUGAUCUCUAGGUGUAUGUGUGUGUGUUUUAAAAGAAAAAAAUCCUUUGUACUUCUCCUUUUUAAAAUAUAUAUACAGAGGAUGGACAUUUUAAAAAUUACUGUAUCAACUGAAGUAAUACAGCUCACUCUGGUACCUCAAGGUGUCUCCGCUCCAUUCAAACAUCUUUGUAAUCCAGGUCUUCAUGUGUCCAAUUGAAGCAACACAUGGGUACAAUCAUCACACUUUGCUGCUCUGGAAAGCUUCUUUUCUAUGGGGUUUGCACAUUUUCAUAGGGCUUUUUUAUUCUUGUUUCUUGAAAACCCCAAAGAAAUGAAGUGAAGCUGCAACCCAGAAUUUCUUGAUGGAUAUCUCCUAAUGUGCCCUGCUAGCCUUCCACUUCUUUCUGCUGUUUGAUUUAAGAGGGAGGUUGGGGCAGAGAAACUAACAUCAGCAAAGCUGUGGCUGAACAGUUAUGGAUUGCUAUUUUUUUUAAAAAAAGAUAGCCAACUUUUUUUUCUAAAAAAAGAUAUACUUGUUAACAGUUUUGUAGAGAAUUCAGUAGAUGAAAAUCUUAAAGCACUCUUAUAAUAUGGUAUCUUUUCUAUUUCUCUAUUGAAAAAUAUCUUUAAAAAAUAUUUCUGUAACUUAAAAGACCUGUCCUUUUAAAAAUCAGUUUUAGGUAAGGAUUUUUGUGUGUGUGUGUCAUUUUGUUUGCAAAUCCCUUUGGUUAUUUGUAAAACUUAUCUUUUUGUAUAUUAUUGUUUACAAUAAAUAUACAUUGUAUUAAA